AUUCAAAUAUUACAGCUUUAGCCUUUCUACUUAUCAAUUUGGUUGAUAUCAUGGCAUCCAACUUACCAAGGUUCAUCAAGCUGCCUAAUCCAAGUGAAGGUGGACAUGAAGAUUACUAUGAAGUGGCAAUGUACAGGGGUGAGGCAGAUGGCAUUGUAUCUUUAGAUGGAGAUCUAGAGCUCAACUCAUUCACCAAGAUAGAAGUCGAGCCAGCCCUGAUCAAUCGAAACUACGUCCACCUCCGCUUCACCCGAACCAACAGAUACUUGGGCCGGAACGAAGACGGCCUCCUCGUUGCUCGAAACACCUUCCCCGUGGAAGACACCACCCUCCCUUCCUGCACCCUGUUCCAGCCAUCUUCCCCCGAUCAAGCCGGCCUCUACGACCUCACCCACGUCCAAACGGGCUACCUUGUCAGACAGGAUGGUAGUGGGCUACGCUUCUCCAUCCGAAAUCCUCCUUCCUCGCCAAACAAGCUGCACCUUGUGGACUGGGAGACAACGGUUAAGCUCCCGCUCGACGGUUAUAUUGCCUUCAAGGGCGACAACGGAAAAUAUCUCCAGACAUUCCUCAAGGACGGCCAACGCUACCUCCAGUUCUCCUCCGACGAUCCCAACAUUGAGAGCGCAGCAUUCCGUGUCGAACCUCUAUCGAAUGGGGAUUACAAAGUAUUCCUCCCGGAUCGUUCUCGGUGGUUUGCCAAUCCUAACUGGGUUUCGAUCGUAGGAAGCACGCAGCGUGGCGAAUGGUUUAGGCCGGUGAAAGUCGGCGACAGCAGCAUCGCCCUCUUCAGCACCGAAGCGAAGCUCUUCUGCAGCCGCGCGAGCGGCGAGGGCCUCACGGACUGCCUCUCCGCCAACGUUGCCACCAUUCCCAGCACGGCGAAAUUCGAAGUGCAGGAGCUCGUCCAGGAGAGACUGAUCUACCACGUCGACUAUGACAUGGAUUUCGGGAGAAUAUCCGACGAGCAGCCUUACCUCGCGGGCCAGUCCGUGGUCACCAACAACUCGUCCGAGGAGGCUGUGAUGGCGGUUGAGAUCACGUACCAGGACGAGAAGUCUUACACCUUCACCCGCAGCUCGUCUGUCACCGCGGGCGUCAGCUCCACCUUGGAAGGUAAAAUACCCUUCAUCGCGAAAGGAUCCAUCACCGUCUCUGUGGACAUGACUGAGACGUUUGAGUGGAGCAGCACCACCAAGAUUACAACCUCCAUUACCGCUUCCACGUCGGUCGCUGUGCCCCCUAGGACUGCUUUCAUGGUUAGUUAUGUUGGGACCAAGGGCACCUGCAGCGUCCCUUUCUCUUACACUCAGCAAGACAAGAGCUCGUACGACGGCAGCAUCACCCGUGUCCGGAAGGAUGACGGUUCCUACACUGGCGUCAAUUGUUACAACUUCGAAUUUAAGAUCGAAGCAGACAGCACGCUCAAGCUCACCAAUUAAUCCACCUUCUUUCAACUUUGCUUUGCGCUAAUAAACUCAAAUCCUGGCUAGCUCGUUUCCUGUCCCAGGAUUUGCUUUGUUUACCUUUGUUUUUCUUUCAAUUUCUGGAUUUAAUUUCUUGUACGAUUUCCUUUUUAUUUCAAUCGAGGAAUGGUGUGUCGUUUCAGUUAA